GGGCCCGAACUUUUGAUGGAGCUCUCUCUCUACAGAGUCAUUGUCAUGUGAGCUGUGCCCCAUUCAUAUUUUCCCUCUCAUCCUUUUCUUCUUGUUUUUGUUUAGGUUCAAGUUCCAACUCUUUCCCUCCUCUUCCUUGCUUCUUCUUCUCUCACUAAAAUUCAUUUCCCAUUUCUACCAAAUUUUGUGUCUAAUAGGUGUCUCAAAUCUCUGUGUUUCUCCGCAGAUUUACAAGUGAGUACCAAGGGCAAAAAUGGAGAAUGAAGCGAAUUCGCCAUCAUCAAUUCGUAUGGAGAAUCGUGAAUGGCUAGCAGAGAAUAUCAAGGGUUUGGAUCAAGCUGUCAACGAAAUGCAACUGUUGGUUGAGAACCAUGGGAAGUUCUCUGUGGAGAAUCUUCGAGAUGAUCAGCUAUUGCAGCCUGAAUUAAUUGCUCGUGUCAAGGAGAUCUCCCACAGGCACCAUUUGCUUGCUCACCACUACAAUGAAACGAUGAAUUACAAGAUAAGUAGUCGAUUAAACCAUCCUUUUCUAACACCAGACAAGAAGCUGGGCAUGCAAAACGUCGAUGCCCAAGUUGUUGGUUCAGAUUCAUCUCUAAGUUCCGGUGGUGGAAUUUCGGACACAACUCCAGUUGAAGGCUCUGAGUCUUCACUGAUGUCAUCGGAUUCUGAUUCCGAAUCAUAUAACUCGUCCCCCACUGGCAAAAUGCUGAAACAUGAAUUUGUGAGCCUGGGAACUGAGGUUUCAGAAACGGGAGGAAUGGUGAUGAAGCUCUCCGACUGUGAAAAAGAAUUGAAGGUUUCAAAAGAAAAACUUUUUUCUGCAGAAGGAGAAAUUGCCAAUCUGAAGAGCGAGCUGCUGAAAACUGAAGCACUCAUUGCUAAAAUGGGAAGCAUGGAAGCUCAACUCGUGUCAGCAGAGACUCAGAUUAAGUUGCAGGAGGCUGAUAUGGACAAGGAGACCAAAAAGUCCCUGAUGCUCCAAAGGCAGAUAGUUGGUUUGGAGACCGAACUUGAGUCGGAGAAAAGACUAGUUGAGGAGUUGCGGGAGAGUGUGAAAAACUACACAGCAAAUCUGUCUGAUCGUGAUCAUGUGAUAGAGAAGCUCAAUGCAGAACUCCAAGAUGCUUCGGGGUGUUUUGCUCUGGAGAAAUGGCAGCUCGAAUCCUCGGUUUCUAACUUGUCCAAACGUCUGGCUUUCCAUGAGGGAAGAGCCAAUGAGCUGCAGAAGCAACGUGAAUCACUCGAAGCAGAGAGAACUGAGAUUAUAGAAAUGCAUGAAGCCCUACAAAAGAGCCUGCAAAAUAAUCUCGAGUCGGUGAACAUAGAGCUAACCAAGAAAAACUCAGUGGUGGACACUUUGAGUAAGAAUCUUGAUGAGCUGAAACUAAACUAUGAUACUCUAAUGGUGGAGAAAGAUGGAGUUGAUGCAAAGUUACAGACACUCAACACUGAUCUAAGUGUUCGCGAUGAUCAAAUUCAGCGUUUGGACUGCAUUCUGCUUGAAUUGAAAUCCAAAGCAGAGCAUCUACGCGCAGAGGCUGAUUCUGCAAACAAGCUAAUAUCUGAACUAAAGUCGAGAAUUCUUGAGUUAGAGAAAGAGAUGGAAAUGCAGGCAGUUACUAUCUCUGAUACGGCUGAGGGGAAAAGGGAGGCUAUAAGGCAGCUGUGCUUUUCAGUCGAUCAUUUCAGAAGCGCGUAUCAAGAACUGCGCGAGGAAUAUGCAAUUCGCAAGCGGCCUGCAGCUAUGGCGUCGUAGUUCUUGUUUUUUUUUUGGAUGAGAGUAUAUGAUCAAUAUGCUUAUUUCUUUUUCACGUUAUGUUGCAGCAUGUUUUCACGUAGGCUUGUGUAAAAUAGUUGAUACAUUUUCUUUCCCAUGGUUUAAUCCGUUCCGUAUAAGCUUAUUUUUU